UAUGUUUAGGAAAUCAUUGUUCAGAUUUAGCACAUACAAUUUUAUAAAUGUUACACAAAAAGGAAAAGUUGCUUUAAUCUAAUUUAAUAGACCAAAAGCAAUGAAUGCUCUUUGUGAUGGAUUAAUUAAAGAAUUAAACCAAGUAACAUAAGAAAUUGAUGCUAAUCCUGAAUAUGGAUCCAUUGUAAUAACAGGAAAUGAAAAAGCAUUUGCAGCAGGAGCAGACAUAAAAGAAAUGCAAGACAAAUCUUUUCCAUAAGUUUAAAACAUUCAAAUGCUUGCAUGUAAUCAAAUAUAUCAUUUUUAGCAUGGGAAAACUUAACUAAUAUUAAAAAACCUAUUCUUGCAGCAGUAAAUGGAUAUGCCUUAGGAGGAGGAUUUGAAUUAGCUAUGAUGUGUGAUAUAAUUUAUGCAGGAGAAAAUGCUAAAUUUGGAUUACCUGAAAUUACACUUGGAACAGUAAUAAUAUUUCUAUAUCAUUAGAUACCAGGAUGUGGAGGAACUCAAAGAUUAAUUAGAGCAGUAGGUAAAUCAAAGGCCAUGGAAAUGACAUUAACUGGAGAAUUUAUAGAUGCAUAGACUGCACUUUCAUAUGGAUUAGUCAGCAAAGUAGUUCCAGUAUAAAAUUUAGUUGAUGAAGCAUUAAAAGUGGCUGAAAAGAUAGCAUCAUUUAGCAAGUAAUUUUAAUAUAAUCAUUAUUAUUAUAGACCUGUUGCUGCAUUAAUUAAAGACACUAUUAAUGAAGCAGAAAAUAUUGGAUUAAGAGAAGGAGUGAAGUAUGAAAGAAAAGCAUUCUAUUCUACAUUUGCAACUUAAGACAGAAAAGAGGGAAUGUCAGCAUUUGUAGAAAAGAGAAAGCCUUCUUGGACUGAUAAUUGAGU